CGCGUCUUAAAGGGCCCGCGCGGGAAAAUUGGUGUGGGGGACAAGGCAUGGGGGGAUUUGGGGGGCAGUGGGUCCGGGAAGGGGACAGGGGCUUCCCCUGUCCCCUUCCUAAAUGGGUUCCCCCUCUCUUCCUAAAUGCUGUGGGGUACGGGGUCAGCUGGGGGCAGCACAGACCCCGCGGGGGUGGCAGGCAACCCUCGGGGGAGUGCAGGGAUCCCGUAUGGAGCUGUGACGGACACCCUGGGAGGAAGGAGGGACACUGAGGGGGGCAGGGACCCCGUAUGGAGCUGUGACGGACACCCUGGGAGGAAGGAGGGACACUGAGGGGGGCAGGGACCCCGUAUGGGGCUGUGAGGGACACCUGGGAGGAAGGAGGGACACUGAGGGGGGCAGGGACCCCAAAGUGGGGCACAGGAACCGGAGAGGGGCAGGGAAACCAUGGGAAGGCGGUGGGACUCUGUAGGGGAUGCAGGGACCCCAGAGAGGGUCUUGGGGCCCUAGAGAGGGGUCAGGGACCCCAUGGGAGGGUGCAGGGACUCCAUAGGGAGGGCACAGACCCCAUGGAAGGAGGGCAGGCACCUCACAGAGGAGUGUCAGGGACCCCGUGGGUGGUUUUGGGGAGGAUGCUGGGACAUGGGGGAUGUUUUAGCGACCCGAUGAAGGAUUUAGGGGCCCUGGGGAGGGUGCCUGGACCCUGGAGUGGGGUCAGAAGGAGACCCCAAAGCUGCAGAUGCGGUGACCCCAUGGGGGAAUGGGGGCUCUUCACCGUAGGUUUGGGGGCCUAUGGCAGAGCAGGACUGGGCGCUGGAGCCGGGCUGGCUCCUGUCCCCCGCCGGCCGCCCCUACCUGGACUCCAUCCUGCACAAGAACCAGCGGAGAGUGUUCGGUGCGUGCCCCCCCUGCGCCCCCCAGCCGGGCUCUCAGCCCCCAGAAUGACCCUGAGCGCCUCCCCAGGUCUGCUGGAGCGCCCGGCGCUGCCGCCCGCGCUGGCUGUCCCCACGGUCACCUACAAACUCUUCCUGGCGGGCAGGAGCGGCGUCGGCAAGACAGCGCUGGUGGCCUGGCUGGGAGGGACCCCCGCGCCCGCCGCCCACCACGAGACCCUGGGCAUCGAGGCCACCACGAGACCCUGGGCAUCGAGGCCACCACGCUGUUCUGGCCCGCCAAGCCCCGCGGCAGCGGCCGCCCCGUCCUGUUCCAGCUGCACCUCUGGGACUGCGGGGACGGAGCGCUCAGAAAGUUCGAGCACCUGCUGCCCGGGUGUCCCCGUGCCCAGGCCUGUAAGGAGGAGGCGGACGCAGCCCUGUUCCUGUUCUCCUUCACCGACCGCGCGUCCUUCGAGGAGCUGCCGGCGCUCAUGGGCCGCGUGCUGGGCCCCGGGGACCGCCACCUCGUCAGGGUGGUCGUGGGCACCAAGUAUCCUUUUGGGGGUCCCCAAAGGUCACCCCGUGGCGGGGGGAUUGCACCCCCGGGGCUCUCAGCGCUAGGCAUCGCAGGGGCUGAGAACGGCACAACGAUGGAUUCCCUACUCCUGCUGAUUUUCACUGAGUUUUGGGGGUUUUUUAGGUGUUCCUUCACCCCCCCCCCAGCCGUCCCAGAAUGGGUUCGCACCCGCAGAUUUCUCAGCAUUUGGUAUCUCAGCAGGCUGAGAAUGUGCACAAAUGGUUACACCAAUGGGUUCACAGUUCCUGCUUAUUUUUAGGGAGUUUUGCCACCCUAAAGGAGAUUUUUGGAGUGUUGGUGUCUCCCUUGACCCUAUUUCCCCCCCUCAGUCAGGUUUGCACCCCCAGAUUUCAAAUCACUCAAUUCCUCAUUAGGCUGAGAAUGUGCAACUCUCAUUACACCCAUGGUCCUCAACUCCCAUUGAUUUUUAGGGGGUUUGGAGGGGUUUCUUUGGGCCACAACUCUCACUUAUUUUCAGGGGGUUUUGGGGGGAUUUUCUGGGUCUCCCUUGACCCUGUGUCCCCACCCCAAUCAGGUUUGCACCCCCAGAUUUCUCAGCAUUGUUAUCUCUGCAGGCCGUGUUGGUGCAACACUUCAUUGCACCAAUGGAUUCACAAUCCCCAUUUCUCUUCUGGUGGUUUUGGGGGGAUUUUUCAGGGUGUUGGUGUCUCCUUGACCCCAUGUCCUCCUCACAAUCAGGUUUGCACCCCCAGACUCCAAACCACUCAGUCCCUGAGCAGGCAGAGAACACUCCCACCUGGUUACACCGAUGAAUCUCGGGUGCUUCUGGGGGGAUUUUCCGGGGCGUUGCUGUUUCCCUUGACCCUGUGUCCCCUCCCCA